GCAGAGACAGAGGCAGAGCUAGCGUUCAGAGUAGUUCAGAGCCCGUGUGGCGUGUGUGAACUUCACUGUGUGACAUCACGCUUCAUUGUUGGAGGUUUACGUCAUUCUUGAGUCGGUGCGCGACUCGCGGAACGCACACGCAGACAGAGAAAGCAAUCUAAACUAACAGAGACAAAAAGAGAACCAGCCGCGAAACCAUAAAAAUGUCGCUGCCGCCUUCGCUGACCUGAUAUCGGUAUUUUGAUCGGCAAAUAAAAUAAGUGGGAGUGAGAACUUUCGGGAAAGUAAGAUUUGAUCGGAUAUUGUGAUAUUUGCGAUUGACUAGGAUUAUCAUCUCGAACCGAAAACAUGUUAACGACGACGUUGUCGUUGUUUCAUUUGGUUUCACUCUAGCGCCAGCUUUUUAGUUCCGUCGUCAAUAAAGUCUCGUAUUAGUGCGGAAAAGUGUUGCGAGAUUAGAUUGAUUUUUUAUGACAAUGAGUGAAUCCGAGAUUUAAAUUUGACUUUUCGGAUCUCCUCCUGAAGACGAGCCCAGGUGUCAGCUUUGGACUCCUGGAGGAUAAGCGAGAAAUUUGUUUUUCCCGUGGGUCGUUCGCACGGAGUUUGACGGCACCUUCUUUCAUUUUAAAUAUAACGGUGUAUAAAUAAGUAUGAGCAAUAGCGGGAGUACGCGAGGCUGUCUCGCAAAGAUUUUGUGAAGCAAUCAUAUACUCUUAACUGGACAGCGUGUGAACGUGGCUUCCUGGGGGAUUUUUUAAAGGAAGUGUGGCAAAUGCAGUCGCCAGGAGAUGGAUUUUCCAUUGACAUCUGCCACAUAUGUCAUUGUUGUGUGGGCAUGUUUUGUUGAAAAGAUACCAAGGAAUACUUGAAAAUUUGGUCCUGACUGUCUGAGAAGUUUUCUUCUCUUCAGAACUUUUCAUCCUGAGUGAUUGAACAAUGAAAUUAAAUUACCGGACGCAGAUGUCACCGGAUUGUUUACAUCGUCGACCACAACCUUUAUGCACACUGGACAUUCGGAAUGCAGUGGUUUUCGAGUAACUUGAAGGUGCAUGAAAUGUUGCACUGCACAGAGGACUGUCCUAAUAUCAGCCCUGACGCCUGUACGAUGCUCGGAGAAUUCUGCAUAUUUGCCACUGAACUUGCACGCCUCUGCGAGCAAGGAGCAGCUGUUCCUAUGAGCACCUCUCAAUCAUUACUCUGUGAUGGAAAGGAUACUAAUAAUAAAACGGGUUCAAAGAGGAUGGCAUAUGAGGUAUUUUUGGGCGGAUCUUGCAAUCCUACCACAUGGAGGUCAGAAAUAGCGAUACCGACACUUCAGAGUCUCGGAAUUUCUUAUUACAAUCCUCAAGUGUCACAAUGGGGCCCUGAGCUUAUUGCUCAGGAGUACGAAGCGAAACAGACUGCACGAGUUUUGCUUUUUGUAAUAGACAACCAAACGCGCAAUACUGCAGGAAUUAUUGAAGCAGCUCAGCUGGCAGCGACGCGCAGUGAAUCUCUGGUCCUUGUCAUUUAUCCUUAUCGACAGGGUCAGACUAUUCUUGGAGAAACAGUUUCUGCUCAAGAAUACCAUGACCUGAUGAAUGGGCUGCUAGUACUUCAAUUUCUCAUGGACAGGCAGAGGAUACCAAUAUUCGAAAGUGUGUCCGUGGCUCUUAAUUGCACGUCAAAGAUUCUUCGCGAGGAAAUUAAGGUGCAAGAUUUGCACUCCGAGGAUGGAAUCAGGCCUACUCGAAUCUCACUUAAUCAGCAUGGAAACGAGACAGUAACAUUAAGAGAGAUCUUUCAGUCCCUAGACGUUAAUGAUACAGGAACCGUAAGUUUAGGCGAAGCCUUGGUGACGUUGCAGUCUAAUGCAAAGUGUAAUGUGUCCGUUUCAGACCUUUUUAAUGCUGUGAAUAAAUCGGAAACAUAUGAAGCUCUGGUACAAAGUCUUUCGUCAAGCGGUGACCCGAAGGAGCAGAGGAUAAACUUUGAUCAAUUUUGUGCGAUAGCGAGCGAAUGGUCGUGGCGGUCGAAGAACAAUGGUGUGACCUGUGAAAGUGAGAUACCUUCAGUUUGGAGUAUUUUAAGUAGGAAGACAUCAAAGUUUCUGCGCAGAGCUUUCGUACACCCUUUUAAUCGUUUCUUAGAUUGGACCAACUCGUUAAUACAGGAUUCCGAGAAAAGGGAUAUGUACAUUGGAGUGGUCGGUAAAGAUCUGUUAUGGUUAGAAUCUUCAGCGGCACCUUUAAUUGAAUCGAUGGGACUAUCGUUCCACCGACCGAGCUUAAGCGAGUACAAUGUUAGGAUAUUGCCGCAAGAACUCCAGCACAUUAAAAGUUCGCGAUUAAUAUUGUUAAUUGUGCCGCAGCAUUCACGUGGUAUAGCCAUUAUGGCCUUAGCAGCUCAUUUAAUUGGACUGCGCGCCAAGCUUGUCCUUUGUGUUCAAAUCCUUCCUGAUGGUUGUGUCGCGUCUGGUGAAAAGCUGACGGAGCAAGCCACGAAAGACUAUAAUAGGGGCAGAAUGUACCUGUCGGACUACGCAACGCGCGAAGGUGUACCUGUUUUUCAGAAAGUCGCUGAUGCCUUACAGCACGCGAUACAACUAGUUCAAAAUCCCUGCCUUGCUGGGGCAGAUCCCUUAACUUCGGAGGAUCUUGCAAUCUUGACUAAUGAGAACAUACCGAAUAUGAAGUCUACAAAGAGGCUGCUUGCAGUCAGGAUGCAUUCGAGGUCGGAAGACCUCUAUCCGGAAGUCGCUGAAUCAAGCAGUCAAGGGAAUAAGCUGGCCUUUCUAUCACUAUGUCUUCAAUUCGUGAAAAUUUACUGGAGGUCCAUCAUUAUAGUACUAUGGCCAAUUUUACUUCUUCCCAUCCUCAUGUACAAUUAUGCCGAGAUGUAUCGGUGCCUCUACGUGGUUUUGAUCAUGGCAAUGUUUUGGGUGACCGAGGUCUUGCCAUUGCCAAUCACAGGCUUAAUACCUGUUGCAUUAUAUCCUCUGAUGGGUAUACUUGAUACAACAAAAACAUGUGACUGCUACAUGAACGACACUACCAUGAUGUUUAUUGGCAGUUUAGUAAUAGCAGUAGCCAUAGAAAAUUCAAGAUUGCACAUGAGAGUUGCAUUACUGAUAAUUAAAACAAUUGGAUGUAGUCAUCGGAAAUUAAGUUUAGGUUUAUUUUCUGUGACGAUGUUCAUUUCCAUGUGGAUUUCAAACACUGCAGCUACUGCAAUGAUGAUUCCGAUAGUGGAAACAGUUCUCAUCGAGUUGGAAGCACAAGGACUUGGGAACAUGUUCUACCAAGAAACUGACGCCGAAGAGAAUAGUGAACAGCGAAAGAAACCCACGAAAACGACUAUGGUUUAUUACCUGACAGCAGCUUAUGCUUCUAGUAUUGGUGGGAUUGGUACCAUGGUAGGAACUGGUACAAAUUUGACGAUGAAAGGAAUUUAUGAAGAACGGUUUCCAGAUAGUUCUGGUAUCAAUUUUGCAGCAUGGAUGCUGUAUGCAGUGCCAGUAAUGUUAUUAAUGGGAUUCCUCACUUGGCUGUGGCUACAAGUGAUGUAUAUGGGCCUCUUUAGGCCAAACAGUAAAGACGCUCGUGACAUAGAUAUUGGGAAGGAAGGUGAACAGGUGGCAGCAAAAGUAAUCGAAGAAAGAUACAAAGAACUGGGUCCAAUCACGUGGCACGAAUCCUGUGUUGGAACACUUUUUAUCAUUGUCGUCCUUCUAUGGUUCUUCAGAAAGCCUGAAUUUAUUCCAGGCUGGCCCACUUACAUUACAAACUUGAAAGUUAAGGACUCGACUGCAGCAAUUAGUAUGGUGAUUUUGCUUUUUGCGCUUCCAGCAAAAUUGGAUUUUAUUAAUGCAUUUAAUACGGAUCCUAGCAAACGUCCUAUUAAGUCUUCACAUAGUAUGAUAAGUUGGAAAAUCAUCCACCAAAAAAUGCACUGGGGUUUGAUUCUCGUUCUUGGUGGUGGAUUUGCCAUUGCGACAGGAAGUACAAGUUCUGGAUUGUCAAAAAUGCUUGGCGACUCGCUGACUGGACUUAGUUCGAUGAAUUCAGUAGCACUUUUGGUAACUGUUUGUUUUUUCUCUGGAUCGGUUACGGAACUUACAUCCAAUGUGGCUGUAGCAAAUAUUAUUUUACCAGUAUUAGCAGAAAUGAGUGUAGCAAUUAAAAUGCAUCCCCUAUAUCUAAUGUUGCCAGCCGCUCUAUGCUGUUCAUUUUCAUUCCAUCUGCCAGUGGGAACUCCACCAAAUGCCAUUGCCAGUGCUGCUGGUCACAUAAAAACGAAAGACUUCGCUAUUGCUGGCAUAGGUCCAAGUAUAAUAACAAUCAUCAUAACGUCAAUCUCCUUUUCCACCUGGGGAGUCUACGUCUUUGACCUUCACGAAUUUCCGGAAUGGGCGUCCCAUGCGCAUGUCAAUUAAAUUAUUUAAACAAUAGUAAUUAACGAAAGGGAAGAUUUUUCAGCAUUAAACCCCUCACAGUGACUGACAAAUUUUGUACGAAAAAAAACACGUUACAAGCUUAUUUGCAAGCUAGAAAAAAAUGAUGCAUUACUUGUAUUUUAUUAAUGUAGAUUUAUAAUUAAGGAUAAAUUUAAAUCUUGGAUUGAUGUGUUUAUGUCUGAAUUAAGAGAUAUACUAUUGUGUCUAUAAACGCUAAAGGGUUAAACAAUAAACAAGUAUUUUGAGCCUCGACUUCAGCUCGAAUGGUGAUGAAAAUAUUUCACUGAUUGUAAAUGUGGAUCUUCAGCAAUGAAUCUUGUGAUAUUAUGAUGUGAAUGAAUAAGUAUGUUUAGAAUAAUCUGUUAUAUUCUUGAUAUUUUAUGCGCAUAAGAGAAAGACAUUUGAAUAAAGUUUGAAAAAAAAUGUUA